GCGGCGGCGGUUCUGGGGCGGUUGUUGAGUGCGGGGGCUGAGUGGGAUUGUUGUUGCUGUGGCUGCCGCUGCCCCCGCUGCCGCUGCCGCUGCCGCUGUCGCUCCUCCUCCUUGUCGCUGCCGCUGCCGCCGGUGACGGCUCCUUUUCUUCCUCCUUCCCAGGGGCAGCUCCCCCGUCUAUCCCAACGGUCCAGGCCUCGAGUCUCUGCCUCUUUUUCGGCCGGGAAAACUACCCUGACAUUUAUCCUCCAAUGAGUGACCCCUCCCCUCAGUCUUGUGGCUCGUUAAAGAUGGCUGAAGUGAUAGAGCAGGAAACUCAACUGUGUGACAACUGCAAAAGAGACAUUCCUAUGCCCAACUUUACCAUCCAUGAAAUUCACUGUCGACGAAACAUUGGCAUAUGCCAUCUCUGCAAGGACCCGGUCCCCAAAUCCGAAAUGAAGGCCCACGUCGAGCUGGAGCACAGCCAGGUGACCUGCAAGUGUAACAUGAAGAUGGAAAGGCAGCAAUUAACCAAUCAUGAGGCUCUGGAAUGCCCCUUGAGGCUUGCCGUCUGCCAGCACUGUGAGCUGGAACUUGCAUUCCUCAAGUUGAAGGACCAUGAAGAAUACUGUGGGGCCCGCACCGAGCGGUGUGGCAAGUGCGGCCGCAACGUCCUGGUGAAAGACCUCAAGGCUCACCCUGAAGUGUGCGGCAGAGAGGAGGGGGAAAAGGAGGCAGGCACUCGGCCUUCCCGCAGCCGUGAGAGUGAGGAGGAGGAGGAGGAGGAGGAGGAGGAGGAGGAGGAGGAGGAGGAGGAGGAGGGAGCGUGGUUCACAGCGCAGACUGUUCAGAGCAUGUUGGGGCCUGAAAACCCCACAAGACCCCUGCGGAGGUUUCCGGGGUCCCUGGAGGACCCCUUUUAUAGCCGUUUCCUAGCAGGCCAGAUGACGAGAAAUCCAAGCCGAGGGGCCGAGUCGGCCGUGCAGCUCGACCGGAAUCGAGUGGAGAAACGGGAGAAGCACACAGGGAGUAAAAGCCAGCUGUCCCCCCCGGCAUUGGCUGAGGAAGAUGCCCACCUGGACUAUAUGCUGGCCCUGAGCCUGCAGAGCGAGAGCGGUGCCCCCAGCAGCACAGCCACCCACCUCGAGGAUUUCUGGAGGGCUGUGUGUGCCAAAGACCUCGGACCCACUGCGGGUCUGAGCCGGGCCCAGGACAAUGACCUUUACACUGAGCCUUUCCCAACCAUGGAUGGGCCCAAGGACUCGAAGAGUGAUGAGACCAUGUUGCCUUGUGAGUUUUGUGAGGAGCUUUAUCCCGAGGAAGACCUGAUUCUCCAUCAGACCGGCUGUAACCCGACCAGCGCCCUGGCUUCCUUCAGCAAGAGAAGCUCACCCCCAAGCCUGUCCCAGGACCGAGGGCACCGUGAGGACCAGGAGGAUCCGCUUCAGAGGUUCCUGGACCUGCCGGCCACACGGGCUAUGAGUGGCAGGUUUCGCUCCCUCUUGGAUCUGUCUGCUGUGCCCUCCGGGGAGAGCAGCAUCAUCAUCCCCUGUGAAUUCUGUGGCGUCCAGUUAGAGGAGGAAGUCCUUUUCCACCACCAGGACCAGUGUGACCUCCGCCCAGGCAGUGGAGUAGAAUGGUUACUUCCUAAACAAGACAGCUCACCCCCAGAGACGUCCCCAGAGCUGCCCAGGCGGCGGAUCAGACACCAAGGAGACUUGUCGUCUUGCUAUAUGGAUGACAUACGGCAGGAGGCGGCCAGCAAAACAGCGUAUCCCCUGCCUCCCAGUAGGCCUGCAAAUAGCAUAGGGCUUGCCCGAAACAGACUGCAGAAAGCGGUGUUGGACCCUCGGCCUGGGGUCCUGCCGAGCCCUUCCCGUGUGCUGAAGGCUGGCAACUUGGAUAGCCUGGAGACGAGAGGGCAGAGUCGCAGGAGCCACAGCCCAGCCACGGGGCCCCUCUCGGUCAUCCGGCCUGCUCGAAGCUCGUACCCUGAGAACUACGUGCCCAGUUUCCCCCGGGUACCUCCAGUGAGACAUGGAUUAAGCGUGAGAAACGAGGUUGGAAGGAGCUCGCGGAUUAACACCACUGCUGCCAGCUUCCGGAAUAGGACUGCCAAGACAAAGUCUCCAAAACCAGCGGCUGGAGACGCCGAGGAAGAGGAGGAGUAGCCUCAGGGCUGGGGUUGAGCCACUUCCUAUGCACCGCAGCGCCUGCCCUGGGGCACGACGCUGGUCCUCUGAUGGGUCCAACAGAGAACCUCCUAUGGAUUUUCAUUUUUCUAGGCAGCCGUCAUUUUCUAACUUUUUACCUGGGGAAGUGGUCGUGGGGAGGCCAUUCUGAGUUCCAUUUCUGUCUGUGGCCUGGGGCCUCGUGGAGAUCAGACCCUCUUCCCACGAGGGCUCUGUCUCCUUGCAGUAUUGUGGGGUGGAGGGUGGGCAGGGGCUCCAGGCCAGUCAUCUACUGCCUUCUGUGCUGUCCGUGACGUCCUUCUGUGUCCUGAGAGGGGCUCGCUCUGUUUGGAGCUUCCCUGUAGCCAGCCAGACUAUGUGCUCCUGUUCUCUGUGCUAGUUUUGAAAUUUCUGUCUUGGGUCAGGGAAUUCCAGCGAGGGGGAUGUUGGGUUUUGGCCCAAAGUGGGAAUGGCCGGCAACCUCUGUUUGCACUUGGAGGCCCUAGACCUGCAUCGACUUCCCGGGCUUGAAGAGCAGGGCCCCAGGGAGUGUCUGGGAGGGUGGGGGUGGCCAUUAGCAAGUCUUGUCAUUGGCUCCCUGCUAGGGCUUUUGUGUCUGAAAAUAGCCCAUCAGUGGGAGCCACAGGGUGGACCUGGGCCAGCAGGGUGGCUUCCCCCCUCCCUCCAAGCAGUUCUACAGUUGGCUCUGAAAUAAACUUUCAGAGUCCCUUGUUGUUGUGGUUUUUUUAUUUUAAUUUUUUAAAGUUCCCUGUAAUAGAAAUAAAAUUUGUACUUGGAGUACAGCCUA